GUCUCUCUGACUGUACAUGCAUUAAGAUUUUGCUUGGCAUUACUCAAAACCAAAAGAAAAGAAAAAGGAAGAAAAAAGAACCAGGAAAAAAAAAGAUUGUGCUGAAUUAAAUCAUGCAAAAGCUUCAAAUCUAUGUUUCUAUUUACCUGUUCAUGCUGAUUGUUGCUGGUCCCGUGGAUCUAAAUGAGAACAGUGAACAAAAAGAAAAUGUGGAAAAAGAGGCUCUGUGUAAUGCAUGUACUUGGAGACAAAACACUAAAUAUUCACGGAUAGAAGCCAUAAAAAUUCAAAUCCUCAGUAAACUUCGCUUGGAAACAGCUCCUAACAUCAGCAAAGAUGCCAUAAGACAACUUUUACCCAAAGCUCCUCCACUCCGGGAACUGAUUGAUCAGUACGAUGUCCAGAGGGAUGACAGCAGUGAUGGUUCUUUGGAAGAUGAUGAUUAUCACGCAACAACAGAAACAAUCAUUACUAUGCCUACAGAGUCUGAUUUUCUAAUGCAAGUGGAUGGAAAGCCCAAAUGUUGCUUCUUUAAAUUUAGCUCUAAAAUACAAUAUAAUAAAGUAGUAAAGGCCCAACUCUGGAUCUAUCUGAGGCCCGUGAAGACUCCUACAACAGUGUUUGUGCAAAUCCUGAGACUCAUCAAACCCAUGAAAGAUGGUACAAGGUAUACUGGAAUCCGAUCUCUGAAACUUGACAUGAACCCAGGCACUGGUAUUUGGCAGAGCAUUGAUGUGAAGACAGUGUUGCAAAAUUGGCUCAAACAACCUGAAUCCAACUUAGGCAUUGAAAUAAAAGCUUUAGAUGAGAAUGGCUAUGAUCUUGCUGUAACCUUCCCAGGACCAGGAGAGGAUGGGCUGAAUCCCUUUUUAGAAGUCAAAGUAACAGACACACCAAAAAGAUCCAGAAGAGAUUUUGGCCUUGACUGUGAUGAGCACUCAACAGAAUCGCGAUGCUGUCGUUACCCUCUAACUGUGGAUUUUGAAGCUUUUGGAUGGGAUUGGAUUAUUGCACCCAAAAGAUACAAGGCUAAUUACUGCUCUGGAGAGUGUGAAUUUGUAUUUUUACAAAAAUAUCCUCAUACUCAUCUUGUACACCAAGCAAACCCCAGGGGUUCAGCAGGCCCUUGCUGUACACCUACAAAAAUGUCACCCAUUAAUAUGCUAUAUUUUAAUGGCAAAGAACAAAUAAUAUAUGGGAAAAUUCCAGCCAUGGUGGUAGACCGCUGUGGAUGCUCAUGAGAUUUACAUUAGUUCAUAGCUUCCUUAAACAUGGAAGGUUUUCCCCUCAACAAUUUUGAAACUGUGAAAUUAUGUACCACAGGCUAUAGGCCUUGAGUAUGCUCUAGUCACUUAAGCACAAGUUACAGUAUAUGAACUAAAGAGAGAAUAUAUGCAAUGGUUGGCAUUUAACCAUCAAAACAAAUCAUAUAACGGGAAGUUUUAUGAUUUCCAGUGUUUUUGAACUAGGAGGAGAUCAAAUUGUACUAUGUAUUACAACUACAACAUAGGCAAGGAAACAAAGCAAUUCUCCUUGUGUUCUGAUGAAUUAGAGGAGUUUGCUUUAAAGUCUAAUUCUUUACAGUUUUGCUUAAUAUUUACAGAAAAGAAUCUAUAUAUAAUAUUGGUAAAAAUGGAGAGUUGUUAUUUACCAUCUUUUGGAACAUUCUUAUACACUUGAAUUUAUAUUGUAUGAUAGCAUACUUGGUAAGAUAAAAAUUCCACAAAAGUAGGGAUGG